AUGAUGGACCAUAAGAAGUAUGAGUUCAAGGCUUUGGAGCAAGGUGGAAUGACUGUAGUUGCUUAUGAGACUAUGUUCCAUGCCUUGUCCAGAUAUGCUAUGCAGUUGGUGAAUAGAGAACAAGAGAAAAUCCAUUUGUUCGUCAAAGGAUUAAAUCCGGAGUUACAAGUAUUGUUUAUUCACAUGACCUCUGUAGGGAAAAGUGUUAAUGAAGUGACAAACUAUGUGAAGAAGGUAGAAGGAGUUGGAUGGGACAGGAUGGCAGUGGGUUUGGCUAAAAAGCCUAAUAAUACAGGUAAAUUUAAUGGCUCGUCUUCCAAAGGUACAUGUAGGCCGACAGUUGUAGCUCGGUCAAUUCAGUCAGCUAUGGUCACUUCUAAGGCAAUAGACCCGAAUGAAGUUAAUAAGGGAAGAGAACGUCCACAAGGUGGGCGAGGAGGAAAUCAAAUAGGUGGUGCAAUCUGGGGAAAUGGUAAUGCACGUAGCGGAGCACUGCAGCCAGGCAGAGAGGUUGCAUGCCAAGAUGACAUUGCUCAGUUGUAUGCCUUUCCGAGCAAGAUCAAGGUUGAUGCAUCUGAUGUAGUGAUCACAAUUACUAUUCCUGUCUGUGAACGAAUGGAUACUCUUUUGUUUAAUCCGGAGUCCCCCUCUAUGGAGUCUACUUCUAUAGUGUAUGAUCUCAAGGAAUUGUUUCCUAUUGAUUUACCUGGUAUGCCUCCAGAUAGAGAUAUAGAUUUUUGUAUUGACUUAGAAUUAGGCACUCACCCAAUCUCUAUCCCUCAUCAUCAGAUGGCUCAAACAGAGUUAAGAGCGCUUAAGGCCCAGAUCGAAGAGCUGAUUUAUAAGGGUUUCAUCCAUUCUAGUGCUUCCCUGUGGGGUGCUCAUGUCUUGUUUGUUACGAAGAAGGAUAGUUGUAUGAGAAUGUGUGUAGACUACCACCAAUUGAAUUGGGUCACCAUUCGAAAUAAGUACUCGUUGCCUCGUACAAAUGAUAUCUUUGACCAGUAG